AAACUACGUCAUCACCCCGCGCCUUUGUUGUCAGACGGUAGCGAGGUAUCGUCAGAGCUAGCUCGCCUAGUCUCUAAUAUAGAAGGAAAACAGUUUAGGAAAUGAUUAAUUUGACGUUUUGACGCACCAGAAUCAUCCCGAAGUUGGGAUCAGUGGUAAAUCAAUUCGAAGAAUUCGCCAGCGAAGAGGAAGUUUGACAAACAACGAGAUUCCACAUGUCAUCGGCAGCAGAGACAGUGGAAAAUGCCUCUAUUAUUUCAGAGAGCACGGCCCAUGAUGGAAACCGCUUGUGGAUAGGAAACAUUGAUCCCAAAAUCACAGAGUAUCACCUGGUCAAGUUGUUAGAGAAGUUUGGCAAAGUGAAACAGUUUGACUUCCUGUUUCACAAGUCUGGGCCUUUGGAGGGACAGCCACGAGGCUACUGCUUUGUCAACUUUAGCACUAGGGAGGAGGCUGAGAGGGCUAUCCAGUGUUUAAAUGGGAAGCUAGCUUUGUCCAAGAAGUUGGUUGUGCGCUGGGCACACGCACAGGUGAGGGUUUCAGUUUUGGCUGUUGGAGAUGUUUGGAAGGUGGUUUUGAAAGGAAUGAGUGCACGCGUUGGUUGUUGCUCAUCAGCUGGUCCCCCUUUUAUCCUCGAUCAUCCCUUAGGAGGUUUGAAGGUUUCCGUAAUGACAAGACGAUGCCUCCCAGCCUGGAACCGUCGUGCAGCGGUUCAACAGAGGAUGGAUCCAUAACAACCAACCACCUCAGCACGAGUGCUAAGAUCCGCGCCAUCGAAGCCAAGCUCCAGAUGAUGGAGGAGAAUCCAGACGAUAGCUACUCAGGCCCGUCUGCCUACGUUUACAACAAGCCGCCGGAGAGGAAACGCUGGGAGCCCUACUCUAAAUCACAUCACAGCAACCAGAGCAGGCCCCGCAAGUUCAGGAGAUGACCCAUCCUCCCACUUAUUCUAUCCCCAGUCACCCACACCUUCCCCUCCAAUCCCCAAGCCAGCGUCUACACCUCAGCCCCCACCUCCACACAAACAGUUUCCACACUCAGUACUUUCGACUGUCCAAUGUGGGGAAAAUAAAAGCUCUCGAAGGUGAACCCUGACUGUUAAGGAGUAACCACAGCCAUCAUGGACGGGCACCCAAAGUGGGGUUUGGUUUUUUUUGAGUUAUUUCAGGUCUCAGAAUCAUCGGCCAUUAUUUAGCUGGACAUGUGACCUAAACCUGGCUGCCGUGCAGGUCGGGCCCCUCGUCGGCCUGCCUCGUCACGAUUUGCAGCAAUUGAACACAGUUGAAAGUGUUAAGCGGUGUAAAUGCUGCUUCUCGUUUUGUUUUGAACACAUCUUCUAACUUCCAGAUCACAUUAUUUAAUUAAGGGAUAUGUUUCUUUUGGAGGGAGGGUCGGGCUUCGGUUUGACCUAAUUGGUUACUAUUAAUGGAGUGUAAAAAUAAUAAGCCACAAGCCGCUCAGCGACUCUCACUGGAGUUUCAGUGUUUUAGUGUGUGUGUGCGUGUGUGUGCGUGUGUGUGCGGGCGCGCUUGAUUUCUCCCCCCUCUGUUCUUUUUUAAAAAAUUUGUUUUGUUUUUUGUUUCUUUUCUUGGAUCUAAUUUUAUACGACUGUUUUUGAUGACUUUUGCGUAGCAUUUAGAUCCAUCCCUGGUCGCAUUCUUGUUUUUUAAAAUUCUCAAUUAAAGGUAAAUAAUCACCUCGCUCCUGUGUUUUUCAUGUUGAAGGUGUUCUUUGUUGCCAUUAAAAUAUUUUGUUUCUAUUGCCCAAAAACUCCCUCUCUUCACCACAUGUAACCCUUUCGUUUUGGGGUUUUUUGUUUGUUUGUUUUUUUUGUUUUGUUUUUUUGUGGAAAAUCAGCCAUCAUGGAUCAAAUCAUUUAUUUAAGUACCAGAAAGAGCAUCUAUGUAACAACAUUAUCUACAAUAACCAUAUAGUCUUAGCUAUUGUAGCCUAUUGAGGCUCACUUUUCCCACUCUGAUAUGAUGAAUAUUAAGUAGUUUACUAUUUUUGUGCAGUUCCUGUAAAUACUUGCAAUACUUUGUAGGCCUUUUUGUAAGACUGAUUAAUGUGGACACAUUUUCUUUAUUAUAAACUGCGGGGGUUUUUUCAUUAGCUGUCAUAUUGGACAUUUUUUUAUUGCAGUUUGAGGCUCUUAUGAUUUUUUUUUUUUUUUUUAAUAAAGAAAAAAAAGAGACGAAAUCCUGAUGAGACUGUAAACUGGAUUUAAUUGGCUGAUGGAUGAAUUUGCCGGCCAAAUGGCCUAUUCUGUGUUUUUGUGAGAUUACCAAGUAGGAACUGUUGGUCUACAGCUCGCAGCGGACUAAUUAUUGGAGAAGACGGAAGAGCACAAUUUCGUGCAGACCGAUGGACCAAAUCCUACCUCUUGACAUCACUCAGCUCUUCGUGGGAUUUGUUUGUUGCUGUAAAAUCAUUCAUGCGGCUGCAGAACAUUUGUGAAAUCCAUUACAGCAUUUUUUUUAUUCUAUUUUUAUUUUAUUUUAUUUAUUUAUUUUAUUUUCCUUGCCUGUAAUUAUCUGUUUUCAAUAAAAGGCCCACUGGAUAAAUAUA